AUGAAGGAAGCCACUGAAAAUGUCUCUCUGGACAGUGACAGCUGGAGCCAAGUGGCAUGCGAGGGCUUGCUGGCCCGGGAUACUAUUUUUUGUUCUGAGGAAGAUAAUAGUCUGUAUUUCACAUACAGUGGAAAAUCAAAUGUUCUCGAGGUCAAAGAACUCAACUAUCAGGUUAACACGGCAUCACAAAUUCCAUGGUAUGAAAAGCUUGCACAGAUGAAAAUGCCCUGGACUUGGAGAUCAGAUCCUCAUUCUCGUGUGUCAAUAAUCCAGAAUCUGAAUUUAAAGGUUCAAAGUGGUCAGAUGCUAGCUAUCAUAGGAAGCACUGCUGGUGGAAGGACAUCCUUGCUCGAUGUGAUAACCUGCCGGGAUCAUGGAGGCAAAAUCACAUCUGGUCAAAUCAUGAUCAAUAACAAACCCAGCACUCCCCAGCUUGUUAAGAAAUGCAUAGCACAUGUGCGGCAGGAUGACCGACUGCUUCCCCACCUGACUGUCAGAGAAACACUAUUGUUCGUUGCCAAACUGCGCCUUCCAAAGUUUUUUUCAGACUCACAAAGGCAAAAAAGGGUAGAAGAUGUUAUAGCAGAGCUCCGCCUGCGUCAGUGUGCAAACACAAGGGUAGGGAACGAGCACGUCCGUGGCAUUUCAGGUGGCGAGAGGCGGAGAGUGAGCAUCGGUGUGCAGCUGCUCUGGAACCCAGGAAUAAUCAUACUUGAUGAACCCACAUCUGGACUGGACAGUUUUACUGCACAUAACCUUGUGAUAACAUUAUCCAGACUGGCCAAAGGAAACAGAUUAGUUCUUCUUUCACUUCAUCAGCCUCGGUCAGAUAUCUUUCAACUGUUUGAUUUAGUUCUUCUGAUGACUUCUGGACUCACUGUCUAUUCUGGAACAGCUAGAGACAUGGUCCAGUAUUUCACAGAACUAGGCCAUCCCUGCCCAAGGUACAGCAAUCCUGCAGAUUUCUAUGUUGACUUGACCAGUAUUGAUAAACAGACUGCAGAAAAGGAGAAGGAAAGUCGAAAAAGAGCAAACACUCUUGCCAACUUGUUCCUAGAAAAAGUCAGGGAUUCUGACGAUUUCUUAUGGAAAGUUACUGAGAGCGACAACGUUGAAACCACCUUCAGCAAGCCAAGGUCCCAUUUAAAUUCAGAAGAGGCUAUCAACAUGCCUCACCAUUCGAGUGAUCAGUUACCAGGAGUCUUCAAGCAGUUCACUAUAUUGUUGAGGCGUCAAGUCUCCAACGACUUCAGAGAUGCUUCAACACUAUUAAUCCAUGGAUUUGAGGCCCUUCUCAUGUCAAUAUUAAUUGGAUUUUUGUACUAUGGCCAUGACAAAAACAGACUCUCUAUUCGUGACAUGACAGCGCUAUUGUACAUGAUAGGUGCACUAAUUCCGUUCACAGUGAUUUUGGAUGUCAUUGCCAAAUGUCACUCGGAAAGAGCUAUGCUUUAUAAUGACUUGGAAGAUGGCAUGUAUUCUGUUAGCCCCUACUACUUUGCUAAGAUUCUGGGGGAGCUUCCAGAACACUGCGCUUUUGUGAUCAUUUAUGGGAUUCCCAUCUACUGGUUGGCAAACCUCAACCCAGAGCCAGAACGUUUCCUGCUGAACUUCCUCUCGGUGUGGUUGGCUGUAUACAGCGCCCGCACGAUGGCACUUUGGGUGGCAGCACUGCUGCCGACGUUGCAGCUCUCGGCCUUUCUGGGCAAUGUCCUCUUCACAUCUUUCUACCUGAGUGGUGGCUUUGUGAUAAGCCUGGAAAACCUCUGGACAGUUCCACUCUGGGUUUCUAAAAUCUCUUUUCUCAGAUGGAAUUUCCAAAGCACGAUGCAAAUUCAGUUUGCUGACAUCACAUAUGAAAUGACUCUUGGAAAUGCUACUUUCCAAAUACCAGGGAAACUUGUCAUUUCAGCUCUGGACCUGGACUCUCACCCUCUCUACGUAAGCUAUCUCGUCCUCGCCGCUAACGUUUGCAGCUUCCUGCUUUUAUACUACUUAUCUCUGAGGUUCAUCAAGCAAAAGUCAAGACAAGACUGCUAA